AUGCGUGGAAGUGCGUUUUUGCGACGAUUAGCUGCAACAGGCGCGUUUUGCCGAGGACCGGUGAACACAAGGGGAUGCCACUCGUCGUUGCCGGCGACGGACGCCUCGCGCACUUUGGAUAUCGUCAAACAGCACAACAUCCCGAUCGAGAGGGUUUCGCUGAGCCGAGGACUGGCACUCAAUCGCUUUGAAAAAGAUUUCUUCAUUUAUCCCGAAUACUCAGACACGGAUGCAGCAGAAACUGCACAGCAAUUAGCAUCCGACCUGAAAGAUGCCAUUCUGGAAGCUGGUGGAGAUGACGAACCGUCUUUUACGAGUCUCUGGGACAAAUAUCACCUCUCAUCGUAUACGGUCCCUAAAAAAUAUGGAGGUGAAAAUAUGUGCAAUAAGGAUCUGUUGAUUCUCUGUGAAAGUUUGGGACAGGCCUGGAGCUUAUACACACGUUUUGAACAGACGCAUCUCGCAGUAUCACUCAUUCUCGAAUACGGGAACGAGCGGCAGAAGACAAAUUACCUUCCCAGGAUUGCUUCUGGAGCUCUACAGCCAGCGAUAUGUCUUCCUGGACCAGGAAUGUUAGUGGUCAUUCUUUAAAG